AUGACGAAACAUAAUGUUAAAAUCAUGAUAGCAGAUUUGGGAGAAGCAAGUAAACUUGAUGAAAUCAACUCUGAAUUAUCUGAAUAUCACUCAGAAGAUUUUGAGAGUGAAAGUGAAAGUUCUUAUGCAAGUAGUGAUGAAUAUGGCACUAACGGAUAUAGAGAUCCAAUUGUAUAUCAGGGUCUUGGUAAAUGGUCAGUAAAAAGUGACAUUUGGAGUUUUGAAAAAGUUUGCCCUAAAGACUAUAUUGAAAAGGAAUUUGAAAAAUUGUUUACUGAAAUUAACAAUACAGAAUUACCAAAUUUGGAUGAAAAAACAAGAUUACUGAUUCUAGAGAAUGAAAUCAAGUCAUGGAAAAUAAUCAAGAAUAUCAUCUUGGGAAUGCUCACUUUGGAACAAGAUUCAAGAUGGGAUAAUGAAAGAAUAUUUCAAGAAAUAUUUAACGACACUACUGAAAUUGACCGUGAAAACUUUGAAUCAAAUUAUAAGAAUUUGAAAAGUGAGUUCCUUAACAAUGAAUCUGUUGUAAUGUCUGCUUUGAGUGAAGAUGGAUUAAAUCUGAAAUAUGUUCCUACAGAAAUGCAUGAAUUUAGGAAUGUGAUUUUGAGAGCUAUCAACCAAAAUGCAAGCAGCUAUCAAUUUAUUCGUUCUAAAAAAUGGAAGUACUCAAAGAAUGUCAUGGAACAAGCAGUUAAAAAGGAUGCAAGAGUGAUAGAACUCAUUCCUAAACAAAUGGUCAUGUAUUUAAACUUUGAGAGUGAUUUAAAACUUGAGUUACCAAAGAAAACAAUCCAAGAUUACAAUGAUUUGGAGAAGAUGAAGAAAAUGGUAAACAUUGAUGGUACCUAUUUACAAUAUGCUACAGAUACAUUGAAAGGAAAUGUUGAAUUGGUUACUGAAAGCGUUAAAAAUAGAGGAAUAGCUCUACAAUUUGCAUCUAACACGAUGAGAAGUAAUUAUGACAUUUGUUAUUUGGCUGUUUCUCAAAAUCCUGAAGCUAUUCAAUUUGUGGAUGAUUCUCUUCAACAAAAUGAAAAAAUUGUUGAAAUUGUUUCAAGCAGUUCUCUAUAUUCAAUCAAAACAUUAUCAAAAUUACCAAAAAUAGAGAAAACCAAAGAAGAAUUAGAAAAGGGAGCAAAAGAAGGAAAUGCAGAUGAUCAGAACAGACUUGGAGUAUUAUAUUACAAUGAAAAAGAUAUCUCUAAUGCAGCUUUUUGGUAUGAUCAAAGUGCAAAACAAGGACAUGGCAAAGCUCAGUUCAAUCUUGGACUAUUAUACUACAUGAAUAGCCUAAUGGAACCAGCCAAACAUUGGUUUCUUAAGAGUGCUGAACAAGGAUAUGCUGAUGCACAAUUUAAUCUUGGAGUUGUUUACGAAACCGAUCAAUUUGUGGAUGAAUCUGAAAGAAGAUCUCAACUUGAGCAGGCAUUUAUUUGGUACAUGAAAAGUGCUGAACAAGGACAUGCCAAUGCUCAGGGUUAUCUUGCGCAAUUAUAUGAAUAUGGAAGAGGUGUUGAGAGGGAUUAUUCUAAAACUAUAGAAUGGUAUACGAAGAGUGCAGAACAAGGAUUCGUAUCUUCACAAUUUAAUCUUGCCUUAAUGUUGCAUCUAUAUGAAAGGGAUGCAGAAACAGCUUUUUAUUGGAUGGGAAAAGCUGCUGAAAACGGACAUACUGAUGCUCAAUUUAAUUUAGGAUGGUUAUAUCUGAAAGGAAUUGGAACAGUUAAAGAUUAUUCGAAAGGAUUCGAAAUUCUUUCAAAACUCAUGCCAACGGAAGAUUCUGAAGUUUUGUUCAAUUUGGCUUACUGUUAUUACCAAGGAUUUGGUACGGAGAAGAAUAUUGACCUCGGUUUGGAAUUGUUUUUAAAGGCUGCUGAAAAUGGACACAUCGCAGCUCAAUAUAAUAUUGGAAUGAUUUAUUUGGAAAAACAGGAUUAUCAGAAAGCUUUCGAAUGGUUUAAACAAUGUGAAGUACACAACGAUCCUAAUUCUCUUUUUCAAUAUGCCUUAUUUUAUUAUAACGGUUCCCAUAUUGUUGAGAAAGACUAUACGAAAGCUUUUGAAUUGUUCCUUAGAAGUGCGGAACAAGGUCAUGCACAAGCUCAAUAUAAUUUGGCAUUAUUAUACUUUAAAGGUAUUGGAAUAGACCAAGAUUAUUCGAAAGCAAAAGAAUGGUUUCUUAAAAGCUCUGAAAAUGGUUUGGUUGAGGAAUCGUAUAAAUACCUUGAAGAAAUUGAUGAAAAGUAA